GGCUCCCCCGGCCGGGGCCCGCGCCUGGGCUGCGCGGCACUCCGCAACGUGUCCGCCGCACAGUACGUGGGCUCUGGCUACACCAAGGCCGUAUACCGGGUCCGCCUGCCCGGCGGCGCCGCGGUGGCACUCAAGGCGGUGGACUUCAGCGGCCACGAUCUGGGCAGCUGCGUGCGCGAGUUCGGGGCACGGAGGGGCUGCUAUCGGCUGGCGGCCCACAAGCUGCUCAAGGAGAUGGUGCUGCUGGAGCGGCUGCGGCACCCCAACGUGCUGCAGCUCUAUGGCUACUGCUACCAGGACAGCGAGGACAUCCCGGACACCCUGACCACCAUCACGGAGUUGGGCGCCCCUGUGGAAAUGAUCCAGCUGCUGCAGACUUCCUGGGAGGAUAGAUUCCGAAUCUGCCUGAGCCUGGGCCGCCUCCUCCACCACCUGGCCCAUUCCCCGCUGGGCUCCGUCACUCUGCUGGACUUCCGCCCCCGACAAUUUGUGCUGGUGGACGGGGAGCUAAAGGUGACAGAUCUGGAUGAUGCACGCGUGGAGGAGACGCCGUGUGCAAGCAGCACAGCCUGUGUCCUGGAGUUUCCAGCCAGGAACUUCACCCUGCCCUGCUCAGUCCACGGCUGGUGUGAGGGCAUGAAUGAGAAGCGCAAUCUCUACAAUGCUUACAGGUUUUUCUUCACAUACCUCCUGCCUCACAGUGCCCCGUCCUCACUACGGCCUCUACUGGACAGCAUUGUCAAUGCCACAGGAGAGCUCGCCUGGGGAGUGGACGAGACCCUGGCCCAGCUGGAGAAGGUGCUGCACCUGUACCGGAGUGGGCAGUAUCUGCAGAACACCACAGCAGGCAGCAGAGCAGAGUACCAGAGCCUCCCAGACAGCACCAUCCCGAGGGAGGACUACCGCUGCUGGCCAUCCUACCACCAUGGAGGCUGCCUCCUGUCUGUGUUCAACCUGGCUGAAGCCAUGGACGUCUGUGAGAGCCACACUCAGUGCCGGGCCUUCGUGGUCACCAACCAGACCACUUGGACAGGUCGGCAGCUGGUCUUUUUCAAGACAGGAUGGAGCCACGUGGAACCUGAUCCCAACAAGACUACGUAUGUGAGGGCCUCUGGCUGACUCUGAGGGUCCGGCUGAGCAGCUGACCACCCCUACCGCUUGCCCAUGGAGGGAGUGACUUGCACUAGCAGCACUGCAUGUGCCUGGGAACCCCUGCUGACAAGGCUGACAUCCCAGACAGAGUGAGGUGACCAGGACAAUGUGCAAUAAUGCCAAAUGUUAAAAUGUGAGUUUACCCAGCUAGGUAUGGAACUGCUGGCUCCAGGGCCAGGAAUCACAGGGGACUGACAGACUCUGUAACCCUCUGGGCUGCGUGCAAGGCUCAGGCUGGUCUCCACACUGGGGUCUCCGCCCUCCAGGGACAGUUCCGUGGGCAGCCCCAUCACUGUGUUGAUGUGUGAGAAUGUAGCCAAAGCCCUUGCUGCUGCUGCACGUGCCUCAGCCAGGUGGGGCUGCGUGGGGACAAUCUGUCACGGAGCGUUCUCUUAGCCAAGCUCUGGACCGAAGACUUGGCAUGACAUGCUCCAGGAUGCGGGUGAUUCUCUGUACCUGGGGGGGGCGCCCACUGGCCACCUGACAGGGAGCUUACGGGCCAGCCAGGGUGGGGGCAGAGGAGCACAUAUGGUAUGAGCCAAGUCAUGGGGUCGAGGAGCAGGUUGCCAUUUGGGCCAAGACCCGGGGGGGGGGGGGGGGGGCCGGGGCCUUUCUGCCUCAUUUGCUUUCAGUGAAAGCCACAAAACAGCCAAAACCAGCCUCUCCCUGCUCCCGGAGUUUGUAUAUCCAGAAGCUUUUGUACUUCUUGUUCAUUAAAUGUUUAUUUUUGUAAAAAAAAAAAAAAAGAUGAAGAAAUAAAAUCAAUCAAUUAAUAAAAUAAUGUUUUCACAGCAAAGACUUCCC